AUGGGAGCAUCUGAUGCAUCCUUGAGUACUACCUAUACUCCUGACCCAUCCAGUCCACUCUUUUUACUUUCUUCUGAUGUGCCUGGUGUAUCUCUGGUUAGUCUGCCUUUCUCUGGGACUGCUGAGGAUACUUCUCAGUUUAAGCAGUGGGAUAGGUAUAAUAAUAUGGUCAUUUCCUGGCUGACUAAUUCCCUAUCCCCGGGCAUAGCUGAGAGCGUUCAAUACUCGGAUACUGCUGAGAGUAUUUGGGCUCAGCUUAAUAGAAGAUAUGGUUCAGUUAGUGGAAUUAAGGUAUUUGAGAUUAAGCAAGAGAUAACAUCUACUCAUCAAGGGUCAUUGGACAUUGCUUCCUAUUUCAACAAACUCAAAAAAUUAUGGGAUGAACUAAGGUUUAUGUGCACUAAUCAUGCCAAUACUUGUGUUUGUGUUGCUAAACCUGGACUUCAAAAGGAGGAAGAGGAGAACAGAUUACACCAAUUCCUCAUGGGUCUGGAUGAGACUUAUGUUGGUGUUAGGAGUAACUUGCUCAUGAUGCAACCUCCACCUUCUCUCGAUACUGCUUAUAGUAUCCUCCUCCAAGAUGAAAAACAGAGGCGAAUUACUCCCAAUUCUCACUUCCAAGGCGACUCUGCUUCUUUUCAUGUCAAUCUGAAUAAUAAAUCUGCCCCUCCUAGACAAUUUACCCAAAAAGUCAGUUUUGAUCAGAACAAGUCCCCUCUUUUAUGCAAAUCCAUGGAUUUCCACCAAUUCACCAAAGGUAAACGAACUGCUGUAAAUGUAGAGGUGCAGAGUUCAGUUUGUGCUUCUGAACCUGCAACAGUUCCCACUGAAAGUCUUGUUUAUUCUAAUUCUGUGAUUCCUGGUCUGUCCAAGGACCAGUAUGCUCAGCUCCUGAUGCUACUUCAGCAACAUCACAUUUUAGAGUCUCUCCCUCAGUCUAGUCUGAUGGCUUCUGCAAAUUUUGCGGGUAUAGUUCCUUCCCCUGAUUGUGUAGGCAAGGUGUCUUAUGGUGCAUGCAUGCUAACUAGAGUCCAUGAGUACACUUGGAUAAUAGAUUCUGGGGCCACUAAUCACAUAACUUCUAAGAAAGAACUCCUCUUUGAUAUUCAGCCCCUAGUUGUCCCAUAUUUGGUCACACUUCCUAAUGGACAUGAAGUCAAAGUCACUUGCGCUGGUUCUCUUCACUUUCUUUCUUUCACACUUCAUCAUGUACUUUAUGUCCCUUGUUUUCAGCACAAUCUUAUUUCUGUUCACAAGCUUGUUGCACAAUUAGAUUGCCUGGUUCUGUUUGGUAAAUUUUCAUGUUUUCUCAUACAUGCCCCUUCAAUGAAGAGGCCACUGGAAAUUGGUAAACAGGAUCAUGGACUAUACAAGCUUGUGCAGCCAUGUCCACAAUCUGAUUCUCACUACUAG